GUAUAAUCUAGUGGACGGAACUGGAGGCUUCUUCAACAGCGACAAAAGGCUACUGAUUUGACCAACGUGGUGGUGUGCUAGCAAACAUAAAACCGAUUCAUUGAAGCGUUUUAGACCAAUUUGUUGUAUAUUACUCUUCGUGUUUUGAACAUACUUCUGUUUACCUAUCUACUAGCUAAUUUCAACGUAAUUUGCUUGUGAAAUUAGCAACAUUGAUACAGCAUUUGGCUAAUCUCCCGGAGCAUAAACUCACUAAGCAAGACGGAGAAAGAAGCUUUCAGAAUGAAAAAGGAGAAAGAUGCCAUAACAUUGAAAGAAGAGAAUGUAGUGAAAAAAGAGGACGAACAUUUUGGAGUGAAAGAGGAGGCUAUCUCAGUAAAAAAGGGGAAGAAAGACGUUUUGGGAGUGAAAAAGGAGGAGGAGGAGACUGAACUCCGAUUACCACCAGAGGAAAACCGAACUUGGAGGAACCAGAGACGUCCAAACCAGCAAGACGACACCUCUGCUCCCAGAUUGGAAAGAGUUUUACCAAGUUAGGAAGCCUGAACAGACAUGAGGAGACUCACACUGAAGAUGGGGAAAGUGACACAGAACUACUACAGGACGAAGACGAGUCACUGAGGGAACACAGCUUUGACUCCCAGACGGAAGAUAUGUUUCUACAUGGCGAGGACAUGGUUUUGGACUGUGCCAGGGACUCGGAUGAACAAUGGGAACCCACAAUGUCAAGAUGUCCAUCCCCCACUAAUUCAGACGCUGAAGCUGGUUCAUCCAGCCGGACCCCUGCUGCCUCCGGCUCCACACCUUCCCCCGCCCGGCCAUCUAGAGGUGUGAAGAAGCCAGCCCAGAAGCGGAGGAGGGCCAGUGAACCAGCGACAACUACCAUCGAGACAGAGGACCGUUGGCACACUGUGCUAGAAGAUGAUGUUGAAUCACUUCCACCAACAUUUAGACCGAACAGGCAGCCAGGACCUCAGCUGGACAUGACUGCAGAGUACAGAGUUUCAGCCCAACCAGAACCUGUCCAUAGAUGAGAGGAUGGUAGCCUCAAAGGUUAGAAUUGGCCUCAAACAACAUAUGUGUAACAAGCUGUGUGGGUACAAACUCUUUGUUUUGGCCGAUUCUAUGUGUGCCUACACUUGGAAUUUGUUUGUUUGUGAGGGGGAAAGCAGUUUUGCGACCGGUAAGGGACUCAGUUAUGAUUCCGUUAUGGAGUUGUUGGAUUUUCAACUGCUGGGGAAGGGCUACAAACUGUUUAUGGACAACUUCUACACAAGCCCUACCCUGUUCACAGACCUGAGGAAGCAGGAUGUGUGGGCUUGUGGCACCAUCCGUACCAACAGACAGGGCUUUCCGAAAACCAAGGUGAAUGACAUGCCUAAGAGGGCUGAUCGGGGGACCAUGCGAUGGAUUCGUAAACAUGACCUGCUCUUUGUUAAGUGGAUGGAUGCCAGAGAGGUGGUCAUGUGCUCCAGUAUCCACAAAUCCUUCAGUGGCGAUCACGUCAACAGGCGUGUGAAGGAUGCCAAUGGUGCAUGGGCCACAAAAAGGGUCCCCAUUCCUGCUGCUAUAAAGGAUUACAACAAGAGCAUGGGAGGUGUGGACCAGUCAGACGCUCUGAUAAUAGGCUACAACAAUGUUCUUCACAAGACAAUGAAAUGGUACAGGACAUUGUUCUAUCACUUCAUUGACAUUGCUGUGAUGAAUGCCUUCAUCCUCCAGAAGGAAAUGGCUCAGAGCUGUGGACAGCCCCCCAUCUCACAGCUAGCCUUCAGAGAGCUGCUCAUCCAGGAGCUUGCUGGCUACAACAUGUCCACUGCAUCACAUUCUGUCCCUUCUACUCCUGCCACCAGUGGUGUUCACAUUCCCAAAUUCUUAUCUGCAGGCAUGAAUGUGCCUCGGGGUAAAAAGGGCACAGUGGGGAUGCGUCGUUGUGUUCUGUGUCACAGGAAAUGCUCUGUCGCCUGCACCGCUUGUUCUGUUACCCUCUGCUUUACACCAGAAAGAGACUGCUAUGGGACUUGGCAUCAGCAGCAGGAUAUUGUGUAGAGGACUGAGGAUCUACACCAGAAAGAGACUGCUAUGGGACUUGGCAUCAGCAGCAGGAUAUUGUGUAGAGGACUGAGGAUCUACACCAGAAAGAGACUGCUAUGGGACUUGGCAUCAGCAGCAGGAUAUUGUGUAGAGGACUGAGGAUCUACACCAGAAAGAGACUGCUAUGGGACUUGGCAUCAGCAGCAGGAUAUUGUGUAGAGGACUGAGGAUCUUCCAAAUAUUGUCAUUCUAAAGUGUGUAAUUUGGAUGUUUUUUCUCCUUCAUUUCUUUGGGGGGGGGGGGUGUUAGCAUAGCAUUUUUGUAUGUUGUGUAUAUAGUUAUUUGAAAAUUAUUAUUGAAAAUGUAUCACUUUACCAAUUCGGCCACUUGGGUACAUUUGGGCAACUUGUGUGGGACACCUGGGUGACUUCAUACUAAAUGUCAUAUCGCUCGCUCAUUCCUGACGUUACCAGUCUAAAACUUGACACACACACUGCUGCCAUCUAGUGGCCAAAAUCUAAAUAGCACCUGUGCUGGAAUAAUACAGUAUGGCCUUUCUCUUGCGUUUCAAAGAUGAUGUUACAAAAAAAAUAGUUUUUUUUUCUCUUUGUGUUAUCUUUAACCAGGUCUAAUGUGUUAUAUUCCCCAACAUUCCUUUCACAUUUCCGUAACCUUCAGAGUCUUUCCUUUCAAAUGGUAUCAAGAAUCUGCAUAUCUUUGCUUCAGGUCCUGAGCUACAGGCAGGUGGAUUUGUGUUUGUCAAUAAUGAAGGUGAAAAUGGAAAACAAUGGGUGGAUCCAACAUUGAUGAACCUUCACUGUCUUCAUCGCUAAACUAGCAACAAUAACUAUUGUCUAUUGUUGUUCUAAAUGACCUUCCUGGCCAUAUGAAAGCCAAGCUAAAUACAAUGUUGGUGUCAGUUUUGAUGUCUUUUGGUUUUGCAAACAUUUGUUUAUUAGAUUAUAUUUCUCAUUAAGAAUAAUGUUUUAAUUCUAUAUGGGUCACGCCUGGCUUUGGUCAUGUUCUCUUAUGGGUCAAUUAUUUUGAAUUAGAAUAUAGAAUCAUAGAAUGCUGUGGGUCAAUUAUUUUGAAUUAGAAUAUAGAAUCAUAGAAUGCUGUGGGUCAAUUAUUUUGAAUUAGAAUAUAGAAUCAUAGAAUGCUGUGGGUCAAUUAUUUUGAAUUAGAAUAUAGAAUCAUAGAAUGCUGUGGGUCAAUUAUUUUGAAUUAGAAUAUAGAAUCAUAGAAUGCUGUGGGUCAAUUAUUUUGAAUUAGAAUAUAGAAAUGAUGCUCUCUGAAUCACUUACAGUGCCUUUGGAAAGUAUUCAGACCCCUUGACUUUUUCCACAUUUUGUUAUGUUACAACCUUAUUCUACAAUUGAUUAAAUAAAACAAAUGUAUUUUUUUUUUAAACACAUUAAAAACAAAUAUCACAUUUA